UCUAUGGCCUUGUUAUCCGCCAUUUUCUUCUAGUAACUUUUUAGUUACAUGCGGCGUCUUCGUUUCUGUAACCGAAUACAAUACCAUGUUUUAAUGAUAUUUUCUAUCGAGUGACUAUUAAGAUUUUGCGUUUUUCAUUAUUACACAAGUGAAGUUAUAAGUUUAUGAAAAAUGGGCCGUGGAAGGGAUCGAAGUCGUGAUCGACGUCGCAGUCGCAGCAGAAGUAGAAGCAGAAGCCGUAGUCGGAGUCCUCGGUUUGGUUUGGGUUCUGGAGGCGGUGGCGGCGGCGGUGGUUAUGGCGGCGGAGGUCGUCGUAAUAAUCCUGGCGCUAAUCUGCGAAAACCAAAAUGGGAUCUCAAUAGGCUGAAACCAUUUAAAAAGGACUUUUAUGUUCCCCAUCCCGAUGUUGAGAAAAGAUCAGACUCUGAGGUUGAACAAUGGCGGAGUGAAAAUGAAAUAACGCUUAAAGGCAAAAAUAUACCUAAACCUACUAUGACAUUUGAUGAAGCAGGAUUUCCCAACUAUGUGAUGGAUGAAAUAGACAAAAUGGGAUUUUCGAAACCCACUCCUAUUCAAGCUCAAGGAUGGCCUAUUGCUUUAAGUGGUUGUGACAUGGUGGGCAUUGCAUCUACUGGAUCUGGUAAAACUCUAUCAUAUAUACUACCAGCAAUUGUUCACAUAAAUAAUCAGCCCAAAUCAAGUAGAGGGGAUGGACCCAUAGCACUUGUGCUAGCCCCAACAAGAGAGUUGGCUCAACAGAUACAAGAAGUUAGUGACAAAUUUGCCAAUACAUCAAAAAUCCAUAAUACUUGUUUAUUUGGUGGAGCACCAAAAGGACCUCAAGCUAGAGAUUUAGAUGCUGGAGUUGAAAUAGUUAUAGCUACACCAGGUAGACUUUUGGAUUUCUUAGAGAGUGGAAGAACUAAUUUGAAAAGGUGUACAUACUUAGUACUAGAUGAAGCUGAUAGAAUGUUGGAUAUGGGAUUUGAACCCCAAAUAAGAAAAAUUAUUGAACAAAUUAGACCAGAUAGGCAAACCCUUAUGUGGUCUGCUACUUGGCCUCGUGAAGUACAAUCACUUGCUUCCGAAUUUCUCAAGGACUACUUGCAAAUUAAUGUUGGGUCACUUCAACUAGCUGCUAACCACAACAUUCUACAAAUAAUAGAUGUUUGCAUGGAAUAUGAAAAGGAGACUAAACUUAGUACCCUGCUAAAAGAAAUAAUGGCUGAGAAAGAAAACAAGACUAUUAUUUUUAUAGAGACAAAACGGAGAGUUGAUGAUAUAACGAGAAAAAUGAAAAGAGAUGGGUGGCCGGCUGUGUGUAUUCAUGGAGAUAAAUCUCAAAAUGAGAGAGAUUGGGUAUUACAAGACUUCCGAAGUGGCAAAGCUCCUAUUCUUGUAGCUACAGAUGUUGCAGCUAGAGGUUUAGAUGUGGAUGAUGUCAAAUUUGUAAUAAAUUUUGAUUAUCCUAGUAAUUCUGAGGAUUAUGUUCACCGAAUUGGAAGGACUGGGCGGACAAACAAAACUGGAACGGCUUAUACGUUUUUCACCCCUUCUAAUGCUGCCAAGGCUGCGGACUUAGUUUCAGUUUUAAAGGAAGCAAAACAAGUUGUGAAUCCUAAACUUCAGGAAUUAUCAGAACGAGGCAGUGGAGGCGGCCGACGGCACCGCGGUCGAGGAGGCAGAUAUCGUCGAGGACGGCGUUCUCGUUCUCGAACUCGAUCUCGUGAUCGCCGCCGCCGCUCCCGCUCACGGUCCCGCGAUCGCCGACGCCGCCGCCACAGUUCGUCCAGAUCCUCCAGAAGUCGGUCUUCGAAAUCGUCGCGAAGCCGCUCACGCUCCCGUUCCCGUUCAAGAUCCCGUUCUCGAUCAGGCAAGUGUAGUCCACACAAGGAUGCUCAACGAGCGAAUCAGACACCAUCCCAAGGGUUGUUGCCAACUCCCAAACCACUGCUGCCAACGCCCGUCGGCCCCCAACUCCUUCCUACUGUAGAUAAAUCUAAUUCACGAGAGGUCUCGACUCCUCGCAAUGAGCCGAGAAGUAGAAAUAAUCACAAUGUAGCAAGUGAUAAUACAAAUAAUGUUCAACAAGCACCUAACGAAAUUCCUUCAUUGUUGACAAUGAAUCCUCAAAUGAACAUGUGUAUGCCCAUGCCGCCUAUGAACGGUCAGAAUUACGUUGUACCCACAUACUUCCCCGACCAGUACGGCAACAUGAUGAUGGGUGCCCCCUUCCAAGUCUCCUCUUGGGGCGCUCCUCCUCCGCCUCCCCCUCCUCCUCCCGAAGGCCAAAGUUACGGGCAAAGUGGUUUGGGUCAUGGUGGCGUAGACUCAGAUUCCAGAAAAAGAGACCGGCCUGGACUCGAGAGUUCGAGCCAAUACCACAGCGGGGGACUCGGCUCUAACAGAGCUUCGGACUACGGAGGCGGGUUAGGCUCGGGUGAUGGGCCGAACUACGGCGGCCUAGGCUCCGGUGGGGGCCUGGGCUGUGACGAGCCCGAUGCUAGAUCGCGGGGCUCUCACGAUCGACGCAGGCGUGGAAGAGGACGAGACCGCGACGGUUUCAAUUCAGAAAACUCGAGCAGUGAUAUCGGCUUGGGCGCGCCCGGCCUUGGCGGUUUGGGCUCUGGCGGUCUCGCCGUACCCCACGGGAGCCUCUUGCCGCGCAUGCUGCCUCAGAAAGGCGACGGCGUUGGACCACAAGGCGCUAACUUUACCGUUUUCGGAUCUUACGGAUCUAAAAACAAAAGAAACCAAGAUAGUGGUGAAUAUGGCUAUCCUAAUAACAGCAAUACCGACGGCAAUAUGGAGUACUAUGGGCAACAAAAUUUCGGACCCGGCAGACCUUGCGGGGGUGGAUUGGACCAGAACGGUGUGCAGGCAAAUGGCUCCGUGGGGUACCAUAAUGACCGCCAGGGUAACCGCUACCGACGGUGAAUAGGAUUGAGGUUUGUUACAUUCAAACCAAUGAAAUCUCACCUCUAACCAGUUUCUAAAAUUUCUUUAACAUUUACACUAAUAAGGACACUCAUAUGUACACAGGCUUUAAAUAGUAUAAUGGAUACAGCAUUCUCUAGGAAUUUACACAGCUACAGCCUAUAGUGUAUAUAUAACCAAAUUUACUCAAGUGCUAACAGGAAGCACUUGAGUAAAUUUGGUUUGGAAAAGGUAAACAUUUUCAAAAUGAUACUUAUUGGGUUACACCAACAAAUUACACCCUUUAUGAAGCUAAUUUAUUUACUGUCUUAACACAAUGGUGCUGGUUUCUGAUAGUAUUUAUUUUUAUUACAGAGAAUGGCUUCAAUGGAGAUUCCCGGCGUCGGAGAAGGCGAUAAAUCAAGAACUGGAUAUAUACUACAGAAGUGCAAAUAACUUCAUUCCAUGUGUAAAUGGUUGAUGUACUGUAUUUCAUACCAUAUUUCAAAAGAUUCAUAGUUGUGUCAGUUAGUGAGCAUGUAGUAUGUAUUGUAACACUGGGAAAAUUUUAAUUAGAAACAGCACUUAUAUUAAGUUAAUAUGUAUUUUAAUUACAUAAUAUGUAAAUUUACAUGUUCAAAAUAAUGCAUUAUAUCAACAAGCAUUAUGCAAUAACUAAUAUUAUAUAGAUUACAUAUAUUGGUUUCCAACUCUGAUUAAUUAAUAUUUAGAUUUAAGUAAAAUAUCCAUAAUGACAUAUAACUUGACCUAAUAUUAACUAAUACAGUGCCUCGAAAUUAAAUGGAACAUCUAAACAAAACUUUUGACUAAAAAAUGUUUACAACACAAUAGUGUGUUACAUAUUUAGUACCAAUAUUCUGUAUAGAUUUUUUGGAUUUUUGUGUUAAGUGUACUUGAGCUUUGGAACAAUAAUUUUUUUCAGAUAUCAGCCAAGACAGCAUUUAAUUUUUCAUUAAAUAUGGUAAUUUUUUAAUACAAAAUGUCUUAUCAAUUAGUCUAUUGAUUUGAUGGACCCCAGAUUCAUAGGUAUUUGAUAAAAUGGCUAUCUCUUUAGUAAUUAUAAUGCCAUCACUUAAAAUAAUUGAUGGUUUUUUGUGGUAAGCAUUAUGUAUAAGGUACACAUAUUUGUAAGUACUGAAGUAAAACUUUCAUUUAA